UGUGUUUGCCUGUGUAAGAAAGUGACGAAUUACUUUUCAUCAAAUGGAAAAUAAUUUACUUUGAAAACACGUAUAAAAUUUUCACAGCGUCUGAAAUUGGUAGUCACUACUAGAAUCUAAUUUCGCAAUAUAACUCAGCGCCAGUACACAAUAAAAACGCUAACAAUUAGCUUACCACACAAGCGAAAUGGCGGAAGGCGGCAGUAAACGUAUCAACGUGGUUGUAAAAACGCCAAAGGACAAGAAAACUGUUGAGGUUGAUGAAGAUUCUGGAAUAAAAGAUUUCAAGGUUCUCGUUGCACAAAAGUUUGAGGCCGAACCGGAGCAAUUGGUGCUGAUUUUUGCUGGUAAAAUCAUGAAGGACACUGACACGCUCAAGAUGCACAACAUCAAGGACCAGCUGACGGUGCAUCUGGUGAUAAAGUCGGUGACGCGCAACAACGAAGCACCGGCCCGUGCGCCCGCCGAUGUGCGUCAGACGCCCUUCGGCCUGAACCAGUUUGGUGGCUUGGCCGGCAUGGAGGCUCUUGGUGCAGGAUCAAACACCUUUAUGGAUCUGCAGGCCCGCAUGCAGAACGAGCUGCUCAACAACGGGGACAUGCUGCGCUCCCUGAUGGACAAUCCUUUAGUCCAGCAGAUGAUGAACAAUCCGGACACCAUGCGCCAAUUGAUUACCUCGAAUCCGCAGAUGCAGGACCUGAUGCAGCGCAAUCCCGAGAUUACGCACAUGCUCAACAAUCCCGAUCUGUUGCGCCAGACCAUGGAGCUGGCACGCAACCCAUCUAUGCUGCAGGAGCUGAUGCGCUCGCACGACCGGGCCAUGUCCAAUCUGGAGUCGGUGCCAGGCGGCUACAGUGCCUUGCAGCGUAUCUAUCGUGAUAUCCAGGAGCCCAUGAUGAAUGCCGCCACAGAGUCAUUCGGGCGCAAUCCCUUUGCUGGGCUCGUCGAGGGCGGCGGCGGUGGCAGCGGCGGCGGAGUGGCUGGCGUCAAUCCCCAGCAGGGUACCGAGAACCGCAAUCCACUGCCCAAUCCUUGGGGCGGCAGCGGCGGCGGAACAGCCACCGGCAACGGCACCAACUCCUCUACAAAUGGUCCCACCGGCCAGGCGAAUCGCACUGGGGACCAGCCCCCGAACAACGUACUCAAUACGCCGGCCAUGCGGAGCCUCCUCCAACAGAUGGCUGACAACCCGACCAUGAUGCAGAACCUACUGAAUGCGCCGUACACACGCUCCAUGAUGGACUCGAUGUCGCAGGAUCCGGACAUGGCGUCGCGCCUCCUAAGCAGCAGUCCCCUGCUCUCAAACAAUCCCGCCCUGCAGGAGCAGGUGCGCCAGAUGAUGCCCCAGUUCAUGGCACAGAUGCAGAAUCCCGAGGUGAUGAAUAUGCUGACCAAUCCAGAUGCCAUGAAUGCCAUUCUACAGAUCCAGCAGGGCAUGGAGCAGCUGCGCAGUGCCGCCCCCGGACUGGUCGGCACCAUGGGCAUUCCGCCGCCACCACCCGGCAUCAACACAGACCCGGCCAGCGGCGAUGGUGGCCUCAACAGCCGCACUGCCCCCACCAACACGAACAACAGCAGCGUACCAAAUGCUGGCAACAACAGCGUUAAUGCACCAGCUCCCGCUCUCGCACCGGGCGGCGGCCCCAAUGCCCAGCUCUUCAACGAUUUCAUGACGCGCAUGCUGAACGGCAUGUCCACCAAUGCGGACGCCUCGCAGCCACCAGAGGUGCGCUAUCAAUCGCAGCUGGAGCAGCUAGCGGCCAUGGGUUUUGGCAACCGCGAGGCCAACUUGCAGGCUCUGAUUGCCACUUUUGGGGACAUUAAUGCGGCGGUGGAGCGUCUACUGGCUGUGAAUCAGCUGUCUCUGAGUUAACAUCGCUAAACCACAUCCCAACAACAACAAAGAAAAACACAACAAAAAGAACAACAACAACAAAAGCAACCUUCAACAUUGUAUACAACCUGUCUAUAUAUCUACGCACUACAACUAUACCUAGACACCUAUAGCCAGCCGCCCCGGAGACGGAAACUAUGUGAGAGGGAGAGCAAGAACAGGAGCACGAGCGAGAGAGAUAGAGUGUGAGGAAUGUAUAAAAAGAGCUAGAAGAAGAGCCCAAAGAGGGAGAAGGAAACAGGGACACACAGACACAUAAACAGACUGGAAAACACAUAAAAUCCACAAUAAUACUAACUACAUACAUAUAUAAGCCACUGGAUUAGCUAAAUUCGGUUAGCAUUUUCAUACACUCCACCACCUGACUGGUAGAAAUUACCUUCAAUCCAAACAAACAAACAAAAAAGAUAAUUCUGGGCUACGAAGAGUGCGUAACAGGGGGAAGGGUGAACAAUAUAAGACAGAGAUAUAUACGUAUAUAUAGUUGUAUAUAUAUAGAGAGAGAGAGAGACAUCCCCAUACCAAAGUGCCGGAAGUGGGAGGAUGCGUAGUUUUUUUUUUGUUUCGAAACACUUAAUAUUUGGAAGUGGACACACAAACACACAAACACACAAAAAACAUUUCACGUGCAUUUUGUGCACAAAAAACAAAAGUGGAAAGACCACAGUUAGAAUCCGUAUGGAGUGGAGAGACGAGCAUGUCGCCCAUCCACAUGAUGUAUGGUAGUUAUACAAACUAUAUAGAUAUACAUAUAUAUAUUUUAUUUGUCCCCACUACACCCCCCCUGCCAUACGACCCGGUCCAGCCUGUUGUUCCUUCCUCCUCUCUGUGUACAUUUCCUCCCUCACAUUUUGGUAGAUAUAUAAGCGUAUGUAUUGCCUGUAUACAUAUAUAAAUAUGUAUGGUUCAUAUCUAUCACACACAAUAUUCCAAUGGUGUUAACAAAAAGACGUAAAACAAAACAAAAAAAACAACAACAACCAAUUUGAAAUUCUUUAGUAAAACAAACA